GGUUGGCCAUUAUUGACUGGGGGUGAUUUCCUUUUUUUCAUGUGUCAUGAACUAUUCCAGAGUUAUUUGCACUGAGAGCAGGUCCCUAUGAUCCCUCGAAAUCUCCCAUCAUCUUUCUGCACCUCUUUUUCCUUAUCUUCGACAUUUAUAUCUUGGUCAAGACCCCGGUUGAGGAGAAACACAUACCUGAGUGAAUCUCUGCGGCAGUUCACGAAGCACGGAUUCACGACCUCGAUAGUAAGACACCGUGCGGCCAACGUGCGUGGAAGGAUGCAGAUCAAGAGGAGCUUUGCCCCUCUCAACCCCAAGGCGGCCAGUGGGCACGAUCGACCCAAGUUGAAGGGCAUCAUCUUCGAUGUGGACGGAACAUUAUGUCUGCCUCAGAAUUACAUGUUCAAAGAGAUGCGAGCAGCUCUGGGAAUCCCGCGGUCGGUCGAUAUUCUAGACCAUAUUCGAUCCUUAUCGAAUGAGCCUGAUGUCGAUUCGCCGGCAUCAGAAGCAGCAGCCACAGAACGUCCACACGCGCCAGGCAACACUUCAAGUCCGCCGUCAGAGGCGACUCUUGCACACAGCAUUUCGGAACCAAGUCCCCCGCCAACGUCGGCGCAAGCGCGAGCAGCAGCAAAGAUUCAGGCAAUUGAACGUACAGCAAUGACACAGCAGCGACCCCAGCCCGGCUUGAAUGAGUUGAUGUCCUACCUCGGCCGACGUGGGGUUCCCAAGGCUCUUUGUACCAGAAACUUUCCUGCUCCCGUACAGCACUUACUGGAUAAAUUCCUACAAGGCGAGGUGUUUGAGCCGGUGGUGACUCGAGAAACAGAAGGGAUUAGACCCAAACCCAGUCCUGAUGGGUUGUGGAUGAUUGCACAGGCCUGGGGACUAGACAACGAUGUGAAUAGCACACAGAGAAAUGGAACUGUGGCUGAUGAUGGUGUUGACAACGAAGUCGGGGAUGUGCUGGAGUUGGCCAAAAGACACUUGGGGUCUGGGUUGAUCAUGGUUGGUGACAGUAUCGAUGACAUGUCAGCAGGGCGCAGAGCAGGUGCGGCGACCGUCUUGCUGGUCAAUGACGAAAAUGAGCAUUUGUUGACACAUGAUCACACCGAUUUGGGGAUCCGGAGGUUGGAUGAAUUGAUAGAUAUUCUCGACCAGGGGUUUGAAGCCCAGAGAUAGUCGUGAUAGUGUACGUAUGUGGUCAAUCGAGAAGUGGACAUAG